AUGCUGGAAGAAGCUGUGACUUACCCCCCGCGCGAUGGGUACCCUCUCUUCUUAACUGCAAAGCGUUACUGGAUGCCAGAAUUUGAAGCGCAUACUGACGAUCCGGAGGCUUGGACAUUGAUAUUGCUGCAUUCUACGGCAUCACACAAAGAAUCUUGGGAACCGACGCUAGAGAGGAUAUUCCAUAGUGCGAAAAAGGAUAAGUCAAUAAAGAUACGCGAAGCCUGGUGUUUGGAUUGUCCGAAUCAUGGUGCAUCGGGGCAUCUCAACGAACGAAUACUGCAGACACCAGAAUAUUACCUGAACUUCACAUGUGACAAAUACGCUGAAGCCAUCUAUCACUUUCUCGUCGCCGGUCCCAACCAUGGUGCAAAAGUCGAAUUCAGAGCGCGUAGACUCUAUGGAGUCGGACAUUCUCUUGGAGGAAAUACCAUGGCUCUGCUCCAAACCAUGGAACCCAGGAUUAACUUUGAGUCUAUCACUAUCGUCGAUCCUAUGCUCAGUCCUGCAGGUUCUCAUCACCUCAACAAAUUGAGAUCGAUCCUCAUCAAAGGUGCAUAUGAGCGUCGCGAUGUAUGGCCAGACCGUGUGACGGCAAUGAAGGCGCUCAAGAGGAGGGACAGGACGAAGAAGUGGGAUCCGAGAAUAUUGGAUAUCUUCAUCAAACAUGGCAUCCGGCCACACCCCGGAUCAUACUACCUUGAGAAUCCUUACCUGGGAGUGACGCUUGCAUGUACGCGAGAUCAAGAAGCGGCGAUGUAUCGAGACCCAGAAGGCGCUACUAAACCUGUCAAAGCUCUCGACAUUGCGUGUCGAGAAAAACCUGUCCAUAUUGUUCUCGGAGGGCUACAUGACUUCAUGCCUCAACGCACUCACGAAGCGCUUCUCGACAAAAAAUCCGGCCGGAAUUUCGCAACAGUAACAGUGAUCAAAGAAAGUGGACACCUGGUCCCACUUGAAGUUCCAGACAUACUGGGUGAGGUGUUAUAUGCGAACAUGCGAAAGAGUGGAGAGAUUUUAAAACAGGGGAAGAAGGAAAGAAGCAAACUGUGA